AGUAUCUGAUGGAUCUAGCCAAACUCUGGCAAAGGGAAAUGUCCCUUCAUUAACAGGAAUGUGCCACUGCUUAUGCACGGGAAAGGGGAGUGCCAUGAGGUCUACUGAAGAGACUACUUCUGUGGUUGCAUAUCUACAUGUAUUUGCACCCUUGCUGGGCCUGAAUUAGGUGGUACAGGAAUCUUGGAACAGCAGGUAUUGGAUAGUGACUUUUUUUCUCGUUCAGGGCAUACCUGGCACGAGAACUGAAAGGCACUGCAGAUCUUUUUCAGAGACGUAAACAGAGUGAGACAAUCUCCAACCUUUCCCUUCUGUUACUGCCUGCUAUACCAUGGGAUGUCGGCAAAGCUCUGAGGAGAAAGAGGCAGCGCGGCGGUCCCGUAGGAUUGACCGCCACCUGCGCUCUGAAAGUCAGCGACAACGAAGAGAGAUUAAGCUCCUCCUCCUGGGUACCAGUAAUUCUGGGAAGAGUACUAUUGUAAAGCAGAUGAAAAUCAUCCAUAGCGGUGGCUUUAACUUGGAGGCCUGUAAAGAAUACAAACCUCUGAUUAUCUAUAAUGCAAUUGACUCUCUCACACGUAUCAUUCGGGCUCUAGCCACCCUUAAGAUAGAAUUUCACAAUCCUGACAGAGCGUAUGAUGCUGUGCAGCUUUUUGCCCUGACAGGCCCAGCUGAGAGCAAAGGUGAGAUUACCCCAGAGCUUCUGGGAGUCAUGAAACGGCUCUGGGCAGACCCAGGUGUGCAGGAGUGUUUUUGCCGCUCGAAUGAGUACCACCUAGAGGAUAAUGCUGCAUACUACCUAAAUGACCUGGAGAGGAUUGCAGCACUGGACUACAUCCCUACAGUGGAAGAUAUUCUGCGUUCUCGGGACAUGACCACAGGGAUUGUAGAAAAUAAAUUCACCUUCAAAGAGCUGACUUUCAAAAUGGUGGAUGUGGGUGGACAGAGAUCUGAACGCAAAAAAUGGAUCCACUGUUUCGAGGGGGUUACAGCAAUAAUUUUCUGUGUAGAGCUGAGUGGAUAUGACUUGAAGCUGUAUGAAGAUAACCAAACAAGUCGAAUGGCAGAAAGUUUGCGUCUUUUUGAUUCCAUCUGCAACAACAAUUGGUUUAUCAACACUUCCCUCAUCCUUUUUUUGAAUAAGAAAGAUCUGCUGGCAGAAAAAAUUCGACGCAUCCCCUUAACAGUCUGCUUUCCUGAAUACAAAGGCCAAAACACUUAUGAGGAGGCAGCAGUCUACAUCCAACGCCAGUUUGAGGACUUGAAUCGCAACAAAGAGACCAAGGAGAUCUACUCACACUUCACCUGCGCCACUGAUACCAGUAACAUCCAAUUUGUCUUUGAUGCAGUGACAGAUGUUAUCAUUCAGAACAAUCUCAAAUAUAUUGGCCUCUGCUAAGUAUCCUUGGGCUUAAUCUGUUUUCCUGAAGUGAUAAAAAAGGGGCUAACCACUACCGCUUCUAGUGGAAAAAAAAAAUGGCUCAAUGCUUAGUAGCCCAAGGAGAGAAAAGGGGAAACCUGAUGUAUGUGCACAGUUCCUCCUAUGCCCCUUAACUCGCUACAUCAUUUUUCACAAAUACAUGUUCUGGAGAGUGAAAGCCUCCUCUCCAAAAACACAUACACACAUCCCCAGUGGAAAAAAAAACCCCAACAAUUCAACCCUCCCCCCCUCCCCCCCAAAAAAGAGAGAUUGAGGCCUAACUCUGUGGAGAUGUUUUCACCACAGUCACUGCACUUUUAUUCCAUUUGUUUCAUUCCAUUUCCUACAGUGGGAGUGUUAUCAUGUUCUAUGUAAGAAAUAAUUCUUCAUCCAGUUGUCCUAAAAUUUUACUGACGUGAAGAUACAAAGCUGGUGAGUGACAGAUGAACUUGUUUGCAGGGUGUGGAGCAGAAUGGUUGUGUUAGGGAGAAAAGUUAGUUCAAACCAGAAGCUACAAAACAGGAGAGUUUAAGCAAAAUACUACUUAAAGUUGUAGAGAAUGGGCAUGCACCCACAAUAUUGGUACACACAGCCAAACAGUAUAUACACAUACAUCAUGUAUGCACAUGCACAUGACUCACAGCAUAUACUAUGUACACACUUCUGCUUUACUGUACUGUUUAUCAUGGACACCUUGCCUGUUAAAGGAAUUGUUGGUGCGCAA